AUGAUAUUGGGGAAACAACUUGCUCGUGCUGGAAGGGUUACUGCUACGAAAGCUGUAUCAAGAGGAGGAGGAGGAGGAGGAGGAGGAGGAGGGAUACCAUGGCAGAGGAACGCGUCAACAAAGACAGGAUCCCCCCGACCACCUACCAAAGACCCUCAUGGACGCAAACAAGCCCAGGAGAAAUCCAACUUCAACGAACCUUCCCAUCUCGCAGGCGUGGGAGUUUUCGAGGACCUGUAUAAGUCCGGAAAUUUGGAAGCGGGGGAAUGGAGGAAGGUCAUCGAUGAGAUGUGUAGUCUGCGGAAGCAGCCAGGGGAGGGGAGGGAAGGGGAAGACGGGUUGGUUUUGGUCAAGGGGAAGAAGCCAGAAGAGGAAGGAGCGAACUAUCAGUUGGGGGUUGAGGAGAGGGUUCGGAGGAUUCGUGAUUUCUUUGGGGGAGGAGCUGUUCCGGGUGUUGUUCUUGGGGAGGAGGAACGUAGGGUUCAUGAGAGGUUGUUUGGGGAUGUUAGGGUUCUUGAGCGGGUGAUGGAGGAAGGAGAGGGAGAGGUGGGAUGGAUUGACGAGGAAGAGGGGGAUUCGGGGACGGGGCUCUUGCGGCAGGAUGGGGAAGGGGGGUUGGAAGAGGUGGAAUUCGAGGUGGAGGAGGGAGGGGAUAGGGCAGUGGAACUGGAGAACGGAGGAGAGAAAGAGGUCGGGAUUGGAGAUGACCAUGUUGAUGCGGAGAUCCGAGAGCUGCUGCUGCGAGGAGAGGGCUCCAACGAGGCGGAGACUGCAGUAGGGGAAGAGCAGGAAGAGUCAUAUCAGCGGACUCACCCUCUGACGGCGGCGCAUCGCUUCACGACUUCCCCCUCGACCCUCGAGAUACCCUCCACCGCCUUCGUCAAGCCCGUCACGAGUAUGCUCGCGAAUCUCUCGACGGUGCAUCUCUCCGACAAGGCACACAGCAUCUUCGGUGGCCCUGGCUUGCCUUACAGUACUUCCACUCCUACGCGGGGCAAAACCAUGCAGCAGAAACCCAUCGCUCUCGACGCAUAUCAGAGCCAAAUGAGCCCAAUCGAAGCAGACGUCUACAUGAGCGCCAUUAUGCCUGGAAUUUACAGCAGUGUCAUGAGUGUCCUGGUUGAAACGAGAAAGAGAUUGGGGACCGAAUGGGCAGAGGACCUUGUUCGAAAAGCUGAAGCUGGAGAACUCAGGAUCCUGGACGCUGGUGGUGCUGGCGCUGGUGUACUCGCUGUCAGAGAAGUGCUGAGAGCCGAAUGGGAGCGCAUGCACGAAGAUGGCCACGGAGACGAAUCGCCCAUGGCUCUCGCUGAAGUUGAUGGAAAGGUUGGCGGAGAGGGAGCUUCUACUCCGACGGGCAAAGCCACUGUGCUCGUAGGCUCCAAGACACUGGAGAAACGGGUGAGCAAACUCUUCGAUAACACGACUUUUGUUCCGAGACUUCCGGAUUACGUGCAUACGGAGCAGCAGAAACACAAGGGGAAAUUCGACCUGGUGAUUGCGCCGCACACGCUCUGGCCGUUGAGGGAGGACUAUCUGCGGAAGACGCAUGUUCAGAAUCUCUGGAGCUUAUUGUCCAACGAUGGAGGUGUUCUGCUCCUGCUGGAAAAGGGUGUUUCGAGAGGAUUCGAAAUGAUCGCUGGAGCCCGAGACAUGCUUCUCGACAACCACAUAUCUUCACCGGGAUUGGAAAAAGGACGAAGAUCCAUGGACGAAUCGACUGAAGAAAACGCUCCGACCGUCACCAAGGAACCAGGCAUGAUCAUCGCCCCUUGCACGAACCACACCUCCUGCCCCCUGUACAUCCCCAAAGGCCAAGUCAAAGGCCGUCGCGACAUCUGUUCCUUCCCGCAACGCUACCACCGCCCUCUCUUCCUCCAGAACCUCUUCUCCACCAAGGGCCGCAACCACGAAGACGUCGAAUUCUCCUACCUCAGCCUCAUGCGCGGCCGCGACAACCGGCCCGUCCAGAACACCCAAACCACCGCCAUCGCCUUCAAAGGCUACGAAGACCUCACCGACCCGGCCGACUUCGACGGCCGCACCCUGCCCCGCGCCAUCCUCCCUCCCAUGAAGCGACAGGGCCACGUGAUUCUCGACCUCUGCACCCCCGCCGGGCAAUUAGAACGCUGGACGGUCCCGCGCAGCUUUUCGAAACAGGCUUUCCGCGACGCGAGGAAGUCUUCCUGGGGCGACUUGUGGGCUCUCGGGGCCAAGACGCACGUCCCGAGGAAUGUCGUCGUCAAGGAUCGUUCCGCGGAGGCGGCGAAGAAAUCAGGGGAUCGGGCCGUGGAUCUCGAUGAGAAGAGGGGCAGGAGCGGGAAGAUUAAAUUCAAGGCGGGCAGGAUGAUCAAGACGGGGGCCGCCGCCGGGAGCGAGGAUUUCGGGCUGGAGGAUGAGCCCGGGAGUGGGAGGGCGGAGAUUAAAGGGCGGACGAGGGGGGUUCGGAUUAAGGGGAUUCGGGAUAAGAGGGAUAAGAAGGGCGAUGGGGGAGGAGGGCAGAGGCGGCGGAGGGGGGAGAUGGAGCAGGAAUGGCCUUGA